AUGUCACCCAGUCAAGAUAAUAAAACGAUACAGCAGCAUCAAGAGCUACCUGCACCCGAACCAGAACAUUGUCCAGGACCAGAAUCAGAAACAGCAGGAAAAGAGGAUGCUUGUCAAGGAUGUCCUAAUCAAGAAAUAUGUAGUUCCCAACAACCAAAAGGACCUGAUCCCGAUCUCCCCCAAAUAAACAAUCGAUUAUCACAUAUAGACCACAAGAUCCUUGUACUUUCCGGAAAGGGAGGAGUCGGGAAAUCCACAUUCACAUCCAUGUUAUCUUGGGCAUUAGCUGCAGAUGAAGAUUUAGAAAUUGGUGCUAUGGAUUUAGAUAUUUGUGGGCCAUCCUUACCCAAGAUGUUAGGAGCUGAAGGUGAAUCGGUACAUCAAUCGAAUUCAGGGUGGUCUCCUGUAUAUGUUGCUGAUAAUUUAGGACUUAUGAGUAUUUCAUUUAUGUUACCUGAUCCAGAUACGGCGAUUAUAUGGCGAGGAGCAAAAAAGAAUGGAUUAAUUAAACAAUUUUUGAAGGAUGUUAAUUGGGGUGAACAUUUGGAUUAUUUGGUAGUGGAUACUCCUCCGGGAACUAGUGAUGAACAUUUAUCAGUGACGACAUAUAUGAAAGAAGUAGGAAUAGAUGGAGCAUUGAUUGUGACAACUCCGCAAGAAGUGGCAUUAUUGGAUGUUCGUAAAGAAAUUGAUUUUUGUCGUAAGGCAAAUAUUAAGAUCUUAGGAUUGGUUGAAAAUAUGUCAGGGUUUGUUUGUCCUAAUUGUAAAGGAGAGUCACAAAUCUUUAAACCAACUACAGGUGGUGGACUUAAAUUAUGUGAAGACUUGAAUAUACCAUUUUUAGGAUCAGUUCCAUUAGAUCCAAGAAUUGGUAAAGCAUGUGAUCAAGGUGAAUGUUUCUUUGAUAAUUUUCCUGAUUCCCCUGCGGCUACAGCUAUAUUAGAUGUAGUUGAUGCAUUAAGAGAUCAAGUAGAGUUGAAUAUGAACAAAUUGUCUCUUCAUUAG